UCUCACAUGGCAGAAGAGAGAGAAAGUAGAGAGAGAAAUGGAGGGAGCAGCAUUCAAGUGAGAACUUCACUGAGGGCAGAGAGCAGGGAGGAGCCUUCAAUUCCUUAAAUAUUUCCACCACGAGACCGAUUUUUCAGCUUCUCUUUCUCUCUCAUUCCACCAUUUUUAAUGCUUUCGUCUUCUUCCAACCUGUCAUUGCUUCACUGCUUCUUCUCUCAGCGCCUGACGAUCUCCCUUCGUCACGGUUAUCUUCUUUCUAAACCCUUCAUCUUGGUCAAUUUCUGCGCCUUUUUCCGAUUAGAUCUGUUAUUGUCACAAACCAGCGAUUUGGAAAUUGGGAUCUGUUUGCUGAGAGGCCUUCUGUAGAUGAGAAAAUGGAGGUUGAGAAGAAACGCUCUAAAGGAGGCUUUCUUAACUUAUUUGAUUGGAAUGGCAAAUCUCGGAAAAGGCUUUUCUCAAGCAGCAAUGAAUUAUCUGGAAUGAAGCAAGGCAAAGAAAAUGUUGAUAACUUGUCAAAGCCACAGCUCUAUCAGAUAGAGGCAAUUGAUGAUGGAGCAAGUUCUAGUUAUAAGUUAAAUGGUGAUUGGGAUUUUGCUUUAACCAAAACUAGUGAUGAAAAAUGUGGGGGCCGAGUCCCGAGUGUAGUUGCCAGACUUAUGGGGUUAGAUUCAUUGCCUUCUAACGUACCUGAGCCAUGUUCUACCCCAUAUUUAGAAUCCCGCUCUGUCAGGGCAUCUCAUCAAGAUAACAGCAAUGGUGUAUGGAAUGGUCAUUCUGUGGAUUAUAUUGAUAUGCCCAACAAGUUGGAGAGGUUUUCAGGGAAUCUCUUAGAUUUUAGGGCACAGAAAAUACCGAAGACUCCAAUCGAGAGAUUUCAAACUGAAGUAUUGCCUCCAAGGUCUGCUAAAUCUAUUCCUAUAACUCAUCAUAAGUUAUUGUCUCCUAUCAAGAGCCCUGGGUUUACUCCAACAAUGAACACAGGUUAUUUAAUGGAGGCAGCCACCAAGAUAAUUGAGUCUAGUCCCCGAAAGCCUGUGAAGAGUAAAAUGACAUCUAUUACCAAUUCCUCAGUUCCCUUGAGAAUCCGGGAUUUGAAAGAAAAAGUGGAAACUGCACGUAAGUUAUCAGGAGCUGAAAAACCAUCAGAAAAUUAUAUUGGCAAGUAUAGAAAAGGAAAGCCUAGUGACAGGAACUAUGGUGGAUCAGAACAUCUUCUAGCGUCAAAGAUGGAGUCUGCUGGAGCUGAUAGAAGUAAUUCCAACACUUCAAAAGAUAAAGGAAGACCAGUUUCUCUUGCAGUUCAAGCAAGGGUCAAUCUUCAUAGUAAAGGGGAUUCAACUUCUUGUAGCGACUCGGCUUCAAUGGAUCGGAAAGAGCAUAAUGAAGUAAAAUCAAGCCAAAUUUUCAAGAGCCAGCCCAGCAUGCAAAAGGCUGCGCAGAAGAGAACCAUGAAGAGGAAUAACAAUGUACUCGCGCAAAACAAUCAGAAACAGAAUUCUCUACCCAACAAAGAAAAAUUGCCUUCAAAACAUCCAGUCUUGAAUCAGCCUGUCAAAAGGUCUCAGUCUGCUAAUUGUAACAUAGGUUCUAGCAAAACGGUAAACAAGGUUGUACUCAACUCUGAAGUAGAAUCCAAAAUCACACGCACUAGAGAAACUGAUGCUAAAAAAGAAUUUGCAUCUUCGAAGAGAAAUUCUGCCUCACGGAAAAAAAGAUCUGUUAGUCAGGAUGUUAGUAGUGAUGGAAGUUCUGUAUCUAAUGCUUUGAACCACGAUGGUGAGAGAUCUGUCAAAUAUAAUAUUGCAGUUGAUGGUUCCAUGAACUGUGAUGAAAACAGGAAGCUGGGAAUGGACGUUGUUUCUUUUACAUUCACAUCCCCACUGAAGAAAUCUAUCUCAGAACCUCACUCGGACGAGGUUGUAAAAAUUAACCACAGCUUGGUCUUUGAUUCUUGUAGUGAGAAUGAUUAUUUAAAGAACCUAUCAUCAUUUUCGCCCAAUUUAAACGUCAUUAACGGUGAUGCUUUAAGUGUUUUGUUGGAACAAAAACUUCAGGAAUUGACAUGUAGGGUUGAGUCCUCCCAAUCUUGUAUGGAGAGAGAUGGCAUUCUUUCUUGUUCUGGAUCCAAUUUUCAAAAUGCUUUUGCCACACUGGAAUGUGCCAAAAAAGAAAAUGACAUGAGCUGCAGAUACUCAGAUAGUCCUCAUGAUUGUGACCACUUGUCGACUGAUAGCAACGAUCUGGUUUUCAAUAAAUGGCAUCAGGGAGUGAAAGAAAUGAAAGAACUUGACGAUAGCAACAACACUGAAACAGUUACCGUGAGCGGAUCUUCAAUUGAGGACGGGUUUUCCCCAGACGAUGGAAAUAGCAUCCAUGGCUGUGUGUCUUCUUCAGUUCCACGUGGUGAUGCAAUCAAGUUAGACCUUACAAAUCUCUACCCAAGAAUGCUUGGCGAGACGCAGGUAGUCAACUCUGCAUCAACCAUCGAUGACCGAGACAAGUUCAGAAAUCAGUCACCUAUAAUGUCGAGUCCAAUAAACAUUCACAGAUCAGAUGACUGGGAACUCCAAUAUGUGAGGGAUAUCCUAAGCAAAGCUGAGCUAGCAUUUGAAAACUUCACAUUGGGUGCUGCCCCAAUGGUCAUAUCUCCCAGUCUCUACAAUAACCUGGAGAUUGAGGAAAAUAACAAAGACAGUGCAUCACCGGAAUGUUUCAAGCUUGAACAGAAGGUUCUGUUCGACUGCGUGAAUGAGUGUUUGGAACUAAAGUUCAAACAAAUAGUAGUUGGAAGUUCGAAAACUCGGGUUCCAUGGGCCAAAUUGUUUGAAAAUGGUAAUUUGGCAGAGGAGUUAUGGAGGGAGAUUGAGGGAUGGAAAUGCAUGGACGAAUGGAUGGUAGAUGAACUUGUGGACAAGGAUAUGAGCACCCAACAUGGGAAAUGGCUCAACUUUGACCAAGAAGCCUAUGAACAGGGGCUUCAGAUUGAGAAGAGGAUAUUAACUUCUUUAGUAAAUGAAUUGGUCAGUGAUUUUCUUAUUACUGCGUGAGAUCUCUGCUUAAUCUUUUUUCUUUUCUGGUUGCAAAAUGCAAACAUGACUUACUGAUGAUGUAAAGUGGUCAGAUGGUGAGUUUCUUUUAGAUUCUUUUUUUUUUCUUUUGUUUUCUUGGAAAAGAAAACUUGUCAUACUGAUUGUCCUUCAUGUAGUGUAGAGCUGGUGGUGGUACUAAUGGGAUUGGCAGACAAAUAUUGCAGAGGAAGCUGUGAUUUCUGGAUUCAA